UUGAAUAUUCCAGGCUCGCAGGAAAAGCAUAAAGCCAGCAGUGGGAAGUGGGAAAGCAAGCAUUUAGAUGCUGUUCUCAUCUUCACCCAUAACCAAUGCGAACCACGUGCAAAGAUUGCUGCAUUUGACAUGGAUGGCUCCUUGGUUUCUACAAAAUCAGGAAGAGUUUAUCCUGUGAAUAAUAAUGAUUGGCGCAUGACUUUUAAUGAAACUGCGCCACGCAUAAAGAAGCUGUAUGAUGAACAAGGGUACAAAAUCGUCAUAUUUACGAAUCAAAAGGGAAUUCAGGUAGGUAUAGCAGUCUAUGCUAACGAGUGA